UCUCUCCAUCUCUCUCUCUCUCUCUCUCUAAGUACAUGGGCUACCUUGGCACCGUUUGGGUGGCUUUAGGAGUGCUCCUGAUCUCAAAGAUAUGGAAUCUCUUCAACGUUCUGGUGUGGAGACCUUAUGCAAUUAGGAAAUGGUUUGCCAAACAAGGCAUAAGUGGGCCUCCCUAUUCAUUCAUAUCAGGUUCCCUCCAUGAAAUGAAGACCCUCAGGAUGCAGGCUUCCAACACUGUCUUGGAUACGCACUCACAUGACAUCAUCCCUCGGAUCCUUCCCCACCAUCACAAGUGGGCCUCUCAAUAUGGAGAAGUGUUUUUGUACUGGCAAGGGACCGAGCCAAGGUUAUUCAUGGUCGAACCUGAGAUAGCCAAAGAUCUCUUCUCAAACAAGACUGGUUUCUACGUCAAACAGAAGAUGAGCCCUUCUAUCAUGGCCUUGUUCGGCAAGGGAUUGGUUCUGAGCGAUGGCUCAGAUUGGCAAAGGCAUAGGAAGGUGGUUAGCCCUGCCUUCAACCUUGACAAACUCAAGGGGAUGGCAAAGAGAAUGGCAGUAUGCACUCAAUCCAUGGUUGAUGGGUGGAAAGAUCAGGUGCUUCAAGCCAAUGGGCAGUCUAAAGAAAUACAGAUAAAUCGAGAAUUUCAAGCGCUAGCUGCAGAUAUCAUUGCAAGUACUGCUUUCAGUGCUAGUUAUUCUGUUGGGAAGGAAAUCUUUGAAGCUGAGAAGGAGCUUUUCCAGAGAGCUGCUAUGAUUGAUUUUGUCAUCCCCGGUAGCCAAUAUCUUCCUACAAGGUGGAAUUUAGAUACAUGGAAACUCGAAAAAAAAUUGAGAAACAGGCUCAAGAGCAUCAUUGAAGAGAGGCUGAAUUCCAAGGAUAGGAAUGGCUCUGAUUCUGGCUACGGCGACGAUCUGCUUGGGAUUAUGUUGGGAAUAUCCGAAUCGAGCAAGAAGCACGAGGACCUGAAGCUGAGCAUGGAUGAGAUCAUGGAUGAAUGCAAGACAUUCUUCUUCGCAGGUCAUGAGACAACUGCCAAUUUACUAACAUGGACUAUGUACUUAUUGAGCUUAUACAAGGAAUGGCAAGAGAAGCUUAGAGAAGAAGUGAUGAAGGAAUGUGGUAUGGAAAUUCCAGACGCUGACAACCUAAACAAGCUAAAACUGGUGAACUUGUUUCUCUUGGAAGUACUAAGGCUAUAUUGCCCAGUGAUCGAAUUGUACAGGACAACUACCAAAGAUACCAAGUUGGGUGAUUUGAUGAUACCAAAGAACACAACGGUGGCAAUUCCAAUGGUCAUGAUUCACCGGAACAAGAAGUAUUGGGGCAAGGAUGCUGAUGAGUUCAAUCCAAUGAGAUUCGCAGAUGGGGUCGCGAGAGCGGCGACCCAUCCGAAUGCUUUCUUGGCAUUCUCAACGGGUCCAAGAGCAUGUAUUGGGCAGAAUUUCACAAUGCUAGAAGCUAAGACAGCCGUUGCCAUGAUCCUUCAGAGGUUCUCCCUCUCCCUCUCUCCCGAGUAUAAGCACGCGCCCAUGAAUGAGCUCACUCUACAGCCACAGUUUGGCCUUCCCAUUAUUCUCAGCAUGGCUCGUUAAGUCGUGACUCGAUACAGACUCACUGGGUUAGCUCAAAAAGUCACUUGACUUUGUUAUGUUAUUGUUAAAAAGUUGAUAGUUGAAUAAGGCCCAUUGCAAUCAAGUCUAUGUAGUAAGGACACUAAGAUACAUAUACAGGUUUUUACUGAUAUAAACAAGAGGAGAGAUAGGGUUUCAACACACCCUAAGUAUCUCAUGUUUUUGUUAUCUUUCUUCUCCUCCUUUCGUUUUUCUUCUCAUUGUAACUUCUCAUAGGCACUCAAAAUUACUAUUAUGUUACCGUUUAAUUAACAUGGUAUCAAAGCCUAAGUGCUUCUAGGAUUUCUUCUUC